CGACCGUCAUUCUCGGUCAUCCGCCGACUUUCUGAAGUUGCAAGCCACCACUUCUCAGUUUUGCAUUAACUUCUCUUCUUCGAAAAUCCCAUAACUGCAAGCUUGACUGCAGUCCUCCCUUUCCACGAGGCGUAAUCCUAUAACCUUUCUGACCCUGCAGGUUCGACGGAUUUCAGUUUCCGACUAUCAACGUCAUUGCUUCUUGACCCUGUCCAACAAACCGAGUUUUACCAUCAACCCCGCAAGAAAACCCUUGAGCCUGAUCCACCCACCUUGCCCUUGUCAGUUGCCGUAAUCAAACAUGGGAUCAUUUGUGGAGGACCUCUGGUCGAGCAUCUUUACCCCGGGACCCACCCCGUCGCUCCUGAUCGCGACCAAUGUCACCUUCGCCGCGCUGCAACUCCUCCUGCUCGCGCUCCUCCUCGCCACCUACAGCAUUCACUUCGUCGUGCUUUCCAUCCUUUCCGCGGCGCUCUGGUGGUCGAUCAACUGGUUUGCUCAUGAGUUGAGCCAGGUACAGGCACAGGAGGCGCCCAAGGAGACACACGAGGAUAAGGAGCGGAGGAGUGGUAGCACGAAGCCACUGGGGGCCCUGGAAAGCAGCGACAGUGAUACCGAGACUGAGGUUGUGAAGGAGAAGAGCAAGGUCGCAGCUGCCACAGCUGCCACAGGCGUUUCCACGAGCGCUGCACCUACUACUGCCUCUACGUCGGCUACUCUCCAUCCCCCAGCUGAAUCGCAGUCGCGAAAGCGACUCAGCGUGAGUGGUGAUAGCUCAGGAUACCAUAGCACGGAUAGUGAGUGGGAGAAGGUGGAUGAUAACAAUGGUUCUUAGCCAGUUAUUGAUCCUGUUACAUCAACAACACUGUCCGGAGUUGAUAUGAGCUCUGUGAUACAUCUCUGUUGAUCUACGAGUACUCCGACCAUAUACAUUCGAUCUCCUCAGUUGAUACCCAUAGAUAACGAUCGGU